GGGGCAUACCCCAGCAAAAUCAAACAACAAACCAGAUCACCAUUGUCACUCAAAACAAUCAAAGAAACCAUAUUUGGCAUACCAAACAAGGCUAACAAGUCCAAAACACAGCAGACGAACAUAGCCUGCAUAACAAAAAUAACAGAAUCCCUUUCUAGAGCUAAAAUAAAGAAUAAAAAAUCAAUCAUCUCCGGAGGGUAAAGUCUAUAUAGGAUUUUAUAAGUAGCAACCUUUAUCUGCAUAGUCAAACCCUGGUCAGUCAAUGGAAAGAUAUUUUCAUUUCUAGCCUUCCAAAUAGUGUGAAUGGUGGCACCAAACGCCAAUGUUACAGCCUUACUUCUUAACCGAGCUCCUCCAAAAUCGUUUUUGCAACAUUUAACCACACUGGAUAGAGUAAACCCAGCCCUUUUCAUACAACCCAGGCACAAAUAUCUCUCCAUACUAUACCAGUAUCGCAACAAUUGAAAAAGAGGUGUUCAAUAGUUUCCAAUUGUUCAUGAAAAAACCUGCAGCCAUUAUCAAUAUUCAUGUACCACAAGGAGUCUACUGUAGCUAGUUUAUUCUUGAAAUAAAGUCAAGCAAUGAACGAGAAUUUGGGAGGUAUAUACCUCUUCCAAAUCAAAUCCAUACAUGACUUAUUAGGACUCUUUAUUGUCAAAAUGUCAUAAACGCAAGAGGCCAAUGGUUUCCCGCUAGUGCACCAUUUAUGGAAGUGAGCACCUAUAUGAUUAUGCUUCCACUCCCAAAUAGACAACCCCUUUAGAUAGUAUUCAUGAAACCACUUUACCCAUAAUGAGUCUUUCUUGGACUGGAUAUUCCACAAAGUUUUAGUGAGAAGUGCUUUGUUCCAGAUUUUUACAUUCUUUAGACCCAGUCCACCCUCUUCCAUACGUUUGCAUAUAUCACCCCAAGCCAGGGGCGGAGCCAAGGGGGGGUCAGGGUGGUCAGCCGACCCUGCUGAAAGUUUAUGAACGUAGAGCUCUGAAAUACCUUCGUUUUGAUAUAUUAUGGGUCCCGUAACUCUUUACGAGUAAAAAGUUACGACUUCUGAAAAAAUCAGCACUAUCUUAACUUGAAAUAAGCAAAAUUUGAUGUGUGACGUUGAUUAUAUUCUUAAAUUUAAAAAUAAAACACCUUAUUCCGUCAUUAGUUGUGUGAACAUUAUGACACAUUACAUAUAUUUCAAUACAUUAACCGAAAAAUGCUCAUUAAACUACCAUUUAUCUCAGCUACAUAUGAAACAUUUAACUCAAGUAUUGUAUACAGUAAUAAUUAUCCAUCAUUUUGAUACUGUAUAUAAUUAAAUUCCGAUCCCCUCACACAUUUUUCUGGCUCCGCCCCUGCCCCAAGCCACUUUAGCCUUCCUUCCAUCCCACAAGAAAUUUCUGCAGGUUGAGACAAUCCUAUUUAUGAUAAUAAUAGGCAUUGGAAAAGAUUGGAGCCAGAAAGAUUGAGCACCACUAAUCUUAUUAGCUCAACUCUUCCAACGUAUGACAUAACCUUUGAUUUCCAUUUAGCCACGUAAGCUUCAAUUUUAUUGAUCAUUGGGUCAAACUGGGCCACAUAAACUUGCAAAGGUGCCAAUGGAAUUCCAAGAUAUCUGACCGGAAAUAUACCUUCCUAAAAAAAGCAGCAGGGUAACCUCCUGGAGAUUUAUCAUCACCAAUAUCAAAGAGAGCACUCUUGAUUUCCUGAUAUGAGAUUGGUUCUAACAAAGAAAUGGCCAUAGAGCUAUUUAUCACUUUCCCAUUUUUAACAAGAUCAUGUCUGGGCUCCUCACAAUCAAUGGUUGAUCCAAAUAAAUUACUAUAGAAUCCAAAGAAUUCCUGAGACAGUUUCUGCAUAGAGGUGGUAGUGGUACCAUCCUCCUUGAUUAGGAAAGAUAUAGAGGAUCUAGUGACAUUUUUCUUCGCGAUAGCAUGGAAGUACUUUGUGCUCCUAUCUGCAUCAAGGAGAUAAGUCACCUUAGCUAUCUGCAUAAAAGAAGCGUCUCAGCAUCAAUGAGAAGAUUAGCAGAUUUCCUUGUCGAGUUUACGGCUUAGCAAAGCUGUUUUGGUUUAGGAUCUUAAGAGUUUUUUCGUGUGGACCCCCAACACCAAUCAAGACAAUAUUAAAGUACUACUCCAUAAUCCAUAUACUAUCGUAUUAUUAUACUCCGUAUUAUACAAAGAGUACAAUAAAGCUACAUUAUACUUCAUAUAUUAAGCUGUAUUAAAGUACUAUUCCAUAUAUUAAUACACUCUAGAGAGAAACCUAGCGGCCGUCUCCCCUCUUUGUAGGGGUUGAGAUUUUCCAUAGCCCCUAUAAACAUGGGUUGAAGCAGCAAAUUAUACUGAUUUUAAGUAUUCUAAUGCUUUGGAUCGCAACUACAUCGAAGGAGAUAGUGUUGGCAGAUGAACGAGGUGUGACUAAGAGGUUGUAUCGAGACUGGAUCGUGAAGCCUUGGUCAUUCAUUCCGACGGUGGUGGAGUUGGUAUUCACCCAUAUUGCAAGAGUUCGUCCUCCUUCGGAACCACCUCCAUACCAGGAAGAGCUUUGUGGAAAGAUUUUAUUCAAAUAUUAUUUUCUCUUUAGUAACAAUUGUUUCUGUUUUGGUCAGAGUAGAUUUGGUUUGAAUGUUUGGGUUUUUGAAGUUCUUUUGAUAGGCAGGGUUUCGGUUCUGAUCGCUUUAGGCCUAAAUUUGUCCUUUUCAGGUUUAG